AUGACCAGAAGGAACCAUGAGGAUGGUGGAAGGCUAGGUACUGGAAUACCCAGGAACCCUGAGGAUGGUGGAGGGCUAGGUACUGGUAUACCCAGGAACCAUGAGGAUAGUGGAGGGCUAGGUACUGGUAUACCCAGGAACCAUGAGGAUGGUGGAGGGCUAGGUACUGGUAUACCCAGGAACCAUGAGGAUGGUGGAGGGCUAGGUACUGGUAUACCCAGGAACCAUGAGGAUGGUGGAGAGCUAGGUACUGGUAUACCCAGGAACCAUGAGGAUGGUGGAAAGCUAGGUACUGGUAUACCCAGGAACCAUGAGGAUAGUGGAGGGCUAGGUACUGGUAUACCCAGGAACCACGAGGAUGGUGGAAGGCUAGGUACUGGAAUACCCAGGAACCAUGAGGAUGGUGGAAGGCUAGGUACUGGUAUACCCAGGAACCAUGAGGAUGGUGGAGAGCUAGGUACUGGUAUACCCAGGAACCAUGAGGAUGGUGGAGGGCUAGGUACUGGUAUACCCAGGAACCAUGAGGAUGGUGGAGGGCUAGGUACUGGUAUACCCAGGAACCAUGAGGAUGGUGGAGGGCUAGGUACUGGUAUACCCAGGAACCAUGAGGAUGGUGGAGGGCUAGGUACUGGUAUACCCAGGAACCAUGAGGAUGGUGGAGGGCUAGGCACUGGUAUACCCAGGAACCAUGAGGAUGGUGGAGGGCUAGGUACUGGUAUACCCAGGAACCAUGAGGAUGGUGGAGGGCUAGGUACUGGAAUACCCAGGAACCCUGAGGAUGGUGGAGGGCUAGGUACUGGAAUACCCAGGAACCAUGAGGAUGGUGGAGGGCUAGGUACUGGUAUACCCAGGAACCAUGAGGAUGGUGGAGGGCUAGGUACUGGUAUACCCAGGAACCAUGAGGAUGGUGGAGGGCUAGGUACUGGAAUACCCAGGAACCAUGAGGAUAGUGGAGGGCUAGGUACUGGUAUACCCAGGAACCAUGAGGAUGGUGGAGGGUUUAGAGGAGUGGACUGA